AUGGACGGAGAGCUUUCAAGAACAGUAUCUGAGCAAGAGACCAUGAUUAAUGGAAUUAGUCGUUUGACUCCAAAUCUUCAAUAUGAACCAGGCGGUAUCCGAUCUCAUUGCAUCUUCAAGAUCAGUGAUCGCAUUCGUGGAAACAACAACAAAGCAUACGAUCCAGAGUUUGUUUCAAUUGGACCAUACCAUCACGGGAAAGAACAACUCCGUACGAUUGAAGAAGAGCACAAGCCUCGAUUCUUGCGUAUGUUUGCUGAAGAAGCUAGGAAAAAUGGUGUAGCUCGCAAAGAGUUGAUGUUUGCUGUAUCUGAUUGCGUGGAAGCUCUGAGGGAUUCGUAUGCGGAGAAACUUGUCGGUGUAGAUCGGGAUCAACUGCUCAACAUGAUGCUUAUGGAUGGUUGUUUCAUUCUUACGCUCUUCUUGAGCGUCUCCAUGGGACUUGAACUCGAUACAAAAGACGAUCCGAUUUUUCAGACGCCUUCCAUUCUCAACUGUAUCCGCAGUGAUCUUCUAUUGGUGGAGAAUCAGGUGCCGUUCUGUCUUCUCGAAACUCUCUUAGAAACCUCGAGAAUCUCGGUGACCUCUGAUAGUUUGAAGAAGAUGGCAUUCAAAUUCUUCAGCGAUUCAAGACUACUACCAAAAAGCUCUCGGUUAAGUAACUUUAGUACUGAUGAACAACCAAAACAUCUCCUCGAUCUCAUGCGCCAAACUUUAAUCCCGGACAAAGAGACAUCCCCAAAUCAAAAUCACACAAGUCGGUCUAUUUCUGGUUCACGCCCUUAUUCCCGUCCAUGUAUUGUCUCUGCCACGAGACUCUGUAACAAUGGAUUAGUACUUAAGCCGAGGGAAAAGGCAGAUACGCUGUUAGAUAUACAGCUCAAGGAAGGUGUGCUCGAGAUACCACCAUUAAUCUUGGACGACUUGAGCAGCCAAGUUUUUCUCAACUUUGUUGCUUUUGAGCGGCACUACGGCUAUUGCUCAAAGCACAUAAUGAGCUACGUAGUUUUGAUGUCUGGCCUCAUCAACAACAAGGCUGACGUACGCUUCCUAAGCAAACAAGGGAUCCUCGAAAACUGUAAUGAGAUCGAUUAUAAGGAAGUUUCUCGGUUCUUCAAGACCGUAGGUAAUGACGUUCGUCUCGACAUAUCUGCAAGUUAUCUGGCGCCAGUGUUUGAAGGUCUUAACAAGCAUACUUCAAAAGAGGUUUCUAAACUUCAAAAAGUGUUAUGUUUUAAAUUGUAA